AUGGCAACCACUCAAAUGUUUAGUGUCAGUAGCACUGCCGUCCUUCUUGCACCCAAGAGCUCGCUAGGAGUCCCUAGUUUCCAAGGCCUUGCUGGAACCAAGUCCUUGACAUCGUCACCGAAACUGGUGGUUUCCAGGGCUGUUAACAGCAGACGGAAAGCAACACGGACACUUGUUGUGGCAGAUUCUGAUUACAGCGGAGGCGGAUUCUUUCCUGGCUUCAUUCUAGGCGGUGUUGUAUUCGGCGCCCUCGGCUACCUGUUCGCACCUCAGAUCUCGAAGGCCAUACUCGGGAUAAACGAGGAGGGUUCCGCGCCGAAACUUCCGAAGUGGAUAAGCGAGAGUGAUAGCCUUGAGGAGAAGCGGAGGAAAAUGAAUGAAAAGCUUGCCGAGCUGAACCGAGCGAUUGACAAGACGUCGGCAGAGCUGAAGGGGAGUGACUUCGCCGAAGCUCCUACCAAUAGGCGCACUCCAAACGUCGAUCACAUCGAGGCCAUCUAG